CCCCCGUGACGCGGAGCCACCUUGUCCCCGCGGCGCAUGCGCAGAGGCUGGGUGGCGCAGCGGCAUCAGGAGCGAGGAGGAGGAGACGCGCGGUCACUCAGGAGCUGUCUCACCGUCUGUCUGUCUCGCCGUCCUGUCUGUCCGUCUGUGUUUGUUUAUUUCCCCUCACGCUGCUCCACAAUGUCGGGAUUCGACAGCAACCCCUUCGCGGACCCGGUGGACGUGAACCCCUUCCAGGAUGCCUCAGUCACACAAGCCACCAGCGGGGCCACUGAAACCACCGGGGAGUUCAACCCCUUCUCUGCCACUGAAAUGGGAAAUCACACUGGCACGACCAUCCCCAUCUCUUCUGGCGCCUCUCAACCUGCCAUACUACAGACCUCAGUGGAGCAGAGCGCACAAGCAGCUGCGACUGCUGCCCAGGCGAGCCUGGUCAAACAGCAGGAGGAGCUGGAGAAGAAGGCGGCUGAGCUGGAUCGGAAGGAGCAGGAGCUACAGAACAGGGCGGCAGGCAGAACCAACACUGGCACUAAAGAGAACAACUGGCCGCCUCUGCCCAGUUUCUCCCCGGUGAAGCCCUGCUUCUAUCAGGACUUUGAUGAGGACAUCCCUGAGGAGUACCACAGGAUCUGCAAGAGGAUGUACUACCUCUGGAUGUUCCACAGCGCCACUCUCUUCCUCAACGUGCUGGCCUGCCUGGCGUACUUCACUGUAGACUCUCAGAACGGUGUGGACUUCGGUCUGUCCAUCCUCUGGUUCCUCCUCUUCACCCCGGUGUCCUUCGUCUGCUGGUACAGGCCGGUCUACAGAGCCUUCAGGUCUGACAGCUCCUUCAGCUUCUUCUUCUUCUUUUUCGUCUUCUUCUUCCAAGUGGCGGUGUACAUCAUCCAAACCGUGGGGAUCCCCCGGUGGGGAAACAGUGGAUGGAUCACAGCAAUCAGCAUGAUCAGGUCCAAUUUGGCUGUGGCCGUGGUUAUGAUGGUGGUCGCUGGGUUUUUCACUGUAAACUCUGUCCUGGCUAUCAUCCUACUGAAAAUGGUCCACUCUAAGUACAGACGGACAGGAGCCAGCUUCACCAAGGCUCAGCAGGAGUUCUCCCACGGAGUCCUGACCAACAGAAACGUCCAGACGGCUGCAGCCGGUGCUGCCACCUCUGCUGCACAGGGAGCCUUUGGCUCUGGGUAGUCUCUUAUCUGACUAAUGUACUGGACUAACCAUGUCCCAACAUUCCUCAGUGGGUUUAAGUGAUAGGGGGAUGAUUAUUUAAUGGAAAUGCUAAUGAGGGUGUCCACUUUCUCCACUCACAAACUUUUAAAGACACUGUGGAUAAUAGAGAAGAGAAGUGAGAGGUUUUGCACAUGCAUGUAGUGUAUAAUUGAAGUCUCUACCACCCUCAUCAGUACAUUACAUGUUCAAACUUCAUGCUAUCACAGUUCAGUUUAUUCAGGGAGAAGAAAGCAUUCCCAAAUUUUAUAUGAAGUUGAAGAAAAUUCCUAAAAAGGAGGCAGAGUGGGUUUGACAUUUUUUUUGGCAGCACCUCAUGUCAAUGUAACUCCUGGAAUCCAUAUGACAAAUCAGACUAAUCAUACAUUGUUUAGUGUUUAGUGUAAAGUACAAUUAUUUAAAUCCGGUGACUGUUAAAGACACCGGUGAAAGUAUGAGGAUUUUUUUCCCAAACUGAUCCUGUUGAAAUAAGUUACUGAGGCAUCAAAAAUAUACACAGCACAUAAGGUUUGGAAAUUUUAAAAUGUAUAUUUGACAUGAGAAUGUUUUAGCAUCCGUGAUUGAUGGUUACACAUAAUAUAUGUAUACGUGUUGUUGUCAUUACAACAGCAUGCAGUGCCUUACAGGGUAACUAGUCUAUCACCACCUUACUUUACUAAAUUAAACUUGUAAUAUUCUCACUACUCCUACACUGGCUGCCUUCAAUAAUGAGCGUGUUACAUGUUGCGUCCUGUUACAUGUUCCACUACUGAUGAACACAGAACUUUUUUAAUGUGUAUAAUGUUGUAUUGGAUCAGCUUGUGAUUAACGCAGGUGACGGGGAUGAAGGUUUUUCUUACUUCUGUUUUGAUCAGUUAAUUGGUUUAGAUGAAGUGAGACAAAAAGCUCCUCUGGGUGCAAAUGAAGAAGCUGUUUAACUGGUAUGACACGUUUUUAAUUCACGCUGAGUUGUUAGAAACGACUUGAUCUCUUUUUUUUUUUUUCAUAGAUUAAUGCUGUGAUUUAUAUGAGAGACAUGGUACAAGUUUAUUAAUUUAAAGUUACUAACAUAGUAUAGAAAGUAGAGGUGUUAACAAAAAAAAAAAGCACAUUAAUGAGCAGAAAGAGUACAAAUCCAUUAUCCAUUGUUUUGGCAAACAAAGGUCAUGUGUUACUGAAUAGGCACAGAUUUUAUUUGUUACAGUAACAGUGAAUCACUUAGUCUAGAUGUGACCUCGGGGCCUUUACGCAGAAGUAACCUACCGAUUUGUGUGUGGGGAUUUAAGGCUGUUUGGUAUCAGUGUCUUUGUCUGAUUUUGUUUGUCUUUUAUUGUACGGUGAGGUUUCCCCUUCAUGAUCGAGAUUGUGUAAUAAUGUGUGUUGUACAUAUCGGUGACUUAUUUAAAACAAAUUUCCUGGAGGUGUAAUUGUUGGAAAUGGGUUCUCAGCCUUAACAUUUAAUAAACUGUUAUUUUUUUCUCUC